AUGCAUGGAACUUCUCUCUUUUCUUGCUCGGCGGUCACACAGGAAGCUGAUGCCGCAGGGUUUAGUGCAGUUUGUGGAGGAAGAGAAAGUGUAACGGAUGGAUCGACACCGUCCGGACCGCCCGGCUCUGCUGCCAUUCCAAAUGAAGGCUCUGCUAAUUUCUUCAAACUAAAAGAGGAUAUCACCUGCUCCAUCUGCCUCCAGGAGCUCAGUGACCCGGUUUCUAUCACCUGUGGUCACACCUUUUGCAAAUCCUGCAUCUCUUCCUACUGGGCCACCCCACAACCCCAGCGUCAUCGAUGUCCAGAGUGCAGAAAAGUCUGUCCUAGAGACCAGCUGAUUCCGGCCUACCGCCUCCAGCACCUGGUGUCCAAGGUUCAGCUGGUUGUCAAAGAAGAGCAGUCCAAAAUGACUCCUGCACGUCCCAUCCAGUUGGUCUACACUGACACAACAUGCAAGAUGUGGCUGGAUGAAUCCGCUGUGGACAGAUGCUUUUUGGACAGUGAGAUCUCUGAUUGCCCCCUGUGCCUCAUCUGUGUGAUCGGAGAGAAGAGAGGAGGAAAAUCCAGCUUGCUGAAUUAUAUUCUGAGAGCUCUUCACAGACUGGAGAAGGGUCAGCCGGUCAGCUUGGGGGAAGAAGAUGAGGCCCUCAAAGGGUUUGACUGGAGAUCUGGGACAGACAAUGUCACCAAGGGGAUAUGGGUGUGGAGUAGCCCAUUCAUCCUGAAGAGGAACGGAGAGAAGAUGGCCGUGUUUGUUCUGGACACAGAGGGGUCACUGGACAUUGAGAGCAAUCAAGAGACCUGUAUCAAGCUGUCUGCCCUGUCCAUGCUGCUCAGCUCCUACCUGAUCUUCAACGUAACCAAAAGCUUGAAAAAAACGGAGCUGGAUUACCUCGAGAUGUAUCUCCACGUUUCGGAGCUGACUGGGGAAUCUUUUUCUCUACAAUAUCUACAGCACUUGGAUAUUCUGGUUCGUGACUGGCAGGGCAAGAACUGUGGACGAGAAGCUGCUAAGUCCUACAUAGAUCAUGAGACUAAGAAAUUACAGAAGAGUCAGAAAAACCACCGUGUGCUGGAGACUCUGCGCAGUCCGUCCGUCAGCGGCUUCCUCCUGCCUCACCCGGGGAAAACUUUCCUGAGAUCAAGUCAGGGGCGGCUUCCAGACAUGGAUGACGACUUCAGGGGUCACCUGACAACGUACGUCUCAGACCUCGUGGAAGGACUCUGGUUACACCGUAAAACUGACGUCCGCAGCGAGAGGAUCACGUGUGGCCAUUUGGGAGGAAUGCUGAAGGAUUUUGUCCGCACUUUGCAGAGAGAACACUUCAGCUGUGCAUCCCCAGUGGAGAUGUAUUAUUCAUUUGAAAACCACAAAAAUAUAAAGAACACGGUAAAGAAAUUCAAGGAUUUUGUGGAAAUAGAGGCUCCAAUCAAUUCUUCAACAUUUAAGAUCUUGGGGGUCAGGACCUCUAAGAUGAGUGAGAAGGUCAAUGCGGAGGCGUCUCGUCUUCUGGAUGAGUAUGAGCAGAGUCUGAAAGGCACCGACAUAGCAGCGAGGACAGACUUCAAGGAGGAGAUGAAGGUGGUUCUGGACCAAGAAGUGAAAAAAUUCUGUGAUGCAUACUCCAAGCGCUUCACAAAGUGUGCUGUGGGGAUCGGGUGUGCCGUGGGUGGUGGGGUCCUCGGUGUGGCUGGAGGCAUUGUGGGAGCAGCUGUGGCGGGAACAGUCUUGGCUGCGGAAGCUGCGGCUGUACUGAGCAGCACAACUGCCGCCAUGGUCACGGGUGCAGUUGGAGGGUCGGUCGCACUAGGAACUGUCGUCGGAGCCGGUGUAGGGAAGGUAAUAGGACAUAGCGAGAAGAACAAAAGUCAGAAAACUGAGGAUACAGGCAAUGAUGAUACAGCAACAUCAAAAGACACCGAAGAGCUGGUGCCAAAGCCAACAUUGUAGCCGAUGACACCAGGCAGAAGAGACAUGGCCCACUGAGACUCUGGGUCAACACUGUAGACAAAUAUUGUAAUCUUCUACAGAUUUUAUGGACACUUGUGGCCCCUUCAUUUGUCUUACAAGGGCCCCAAUCCUUUCUGAUUCCCCGAGAUACAAUGCUCUGGUGGUGGUUUUUACAUCUAGGGAGUGCACUACAGAUUUUUAUAUGUGGAUUUAUAUAAGACGACCACGAGGAGUAAUAGAACACUGGCCGCUGAUGGGGACUCCCAUCCAAAAAGUUAUAUAAGUGACAGUUCCGGGGGCAGCGGAGCGCGCAUCACAUGACCACACGGCUUCCAUUGAGGUUCAUGCAGAAUAACUGCACACAUGUUGUCACUCCUUAACCAUUGAUAGAAAGGGGGGGAUGUCUUGUGACCUCAUUCUCAGGGUCUGUGGGGUGCCCAGAGGUUGGACUCCCAUAUUCUAUUCCAUUCCAUUACAAAUAGGGUUGAGCGAACCCGAACUGUAAAGUUCGGGUUCGUUCCGAACUUUACGAUUUUUGGACCCCGAACCCGAACCUGAACAUUUCAGUAAACGUUCAAGUUCGGGUUCAGUGUUCGGCGA